AUGGAAACAAUAAUUGUAGAACCUAUGGAGGAGAGUCCUGAAAAACUCCAAACAAGUCCUCCAAUACAAGUUGUACGAGUACCAGUAAAACAUGCUAAUCUUGGCAUAAGGAGCCAUGCUAUGGAUAUGAGCACAAUGGUAGAACUUACUUCUUUUAGCACACUUGGAAAAAUACAACCUUUCCUAGUUACAAUAACAACUACUGCAGCUUUAUUGGUAGAUUUACAUUGUCAUUUAACAGAUAAGGAAAUUUGUGGCUAUCUAGGUGGUCAUUGGGAUAUUAAUUCACACAAUCUAUCUAUAACAACUGCCUUCCCAUGCCGGUAUUCUGGCAAAGACAAAUCAGCUGCAGCAGCAGUGGAAGCUGAAAUUGCAAGGGCUAUGGAAUGGAAACGUGUGACUUUAGUUGGAUGGUAUCAUUCUCAUCCUAGAUCUCAUGCUUCUCCUUCCCUGAGAGAUGUUGACUCUCAAUUAGACUAUCAAAUUAAAAUGAAGGGACCUAGUGACAAUGGGUACACACCAUGUGUAGGAUUAAUAUGUUCUCCUUACAAUACAGAUGGAAGUUGUUAUGAAUCUAACUUCAAUGUUUUUUGGUCUUUACCACCCCCUGAAAAUCGGCCCCAUGAAUAUCCAAGGCCAAUGCUUUUAAGUUACACACUAUCUCAAGAACAUUUUCUUUCUCAAGAUACUUUAGAAGAAAUUAGAAGAUGUAUAGAAUAUUAUAGGAGUGAAGGAGGUAUCGAUUUUACUGCCAAUUUUAACAGCAAUACAACUUAUCUCGAACGUUUAAGGUGUUCUUUAGCGUCCAAGUUACCCGGUCGUAAUAGAUCGAGCGGUUCGUAUUGGGAUGUGAUUAGGGAAAUGAUUUGUCCUGGAUCUGAGGAUGGGGGAUCACCUGAAUUUCUUGCUAUGAAAUUCCCACUGGUUCCAGUGUCAGAACCAUUGGUUCCUUCAGUUCCACCAGGAGUUGGUCUUGCACCCAAUAAUGCAGCAGUCUUCCUUACACCAGUCAACUUUAAGCCUGAUGGCGCCAUAAUUACACCCACAUCAAAACCAUUUGUCAUGCAACCAUCAACUUCCAGGGAUAACAUUAAAAAGGACAUUUUGACAGAUACCGCGUCCAUCACACAAUUAAAAGAUGGAAAUCCUACAUCUAAACAUAUAUCACCAUCAGAAGUGAUACCUAGUUUUCAAUCUGGAGAACUAACAGUUUCUGUAAAAAAUACCAAAUGCGACUAUGAUUUCGCGCCAACUGAUUUUUCGAAAGUAUCCAAUUCUCUCGGCACGGAUACCGGUGUGAAUAAAACACGGUCAUCUACAACACCCGAUUUUCCUUUAGCCGAUAUAACGCAACAAAUUUCCAAAUUCUCAGAUUUAUCAAAGUUAGCUAAUUUUUCUACGGCGGAUUUAGCGAAAUUGUCCGGAUUUCCUAUCGCAGAUUUUACGAGAACGUCGUCACCAUCACCGUCUACAUACAUGCGUAAUAUCGCGAAUUUAUUCGGUCCUAUUGGUAAAAUCUCUCCUGCGAGAGAUAUCGAAGGCAAUGAACGCAAAUCGAACGAUUUUGCAAUGGUUGACCCACUUCCAUCCCCAUUUAAAACAAAUACUGUCUCUUCAGAAUCUUGCAGGAAUUUUUCUGUAACGCCAGAAGAUUACUCGACAGAUCGAAAGAAAAUGGAUGUGCAAAACGAUAACUCGAAGCUUAAUCGAUCGAACGAGUAUCAAGGAACUGAAGAUCUAUCGAUUUCAAAGUCUGAAUUUGGCGGGAUGUUGGACAUGACUACAAUGCAUAAAAAACAAUCGCAAGGUGGUGAUAUUGUCGAUUCGUUAAAUUUAUCGAAAGAUCGUCAGUAG